GUAAGUCUCACCUGACGCGUAACUGACAUGGAGAGCUGGAGCAGAAUACCCACGAUGAAGUACAGACGGUGGACAAAUCCUGGAGCCAGUGGUGAUCGCAGCGAUGAGGACUACACAGACAAUGAGAUCUGCGUCAUAGCCUCAGCAAGAGUCGACCCAGAAGGAAUAAAGUCUGCAUCCAGAACUGGAUUUCAUCAAACUGAGGAAACCUUUACAGUGGACGAUGCACUUGAGGCCUUCGGCUUUGGAAAGUUCCAGUGGAAAAUGUCUGUCCUCACCGGACUGUCAUGGAUCGGAGACGCCAUGGAGAUGAUGAUCCUCAGUAUCUUGGGCCCCCAGCUGCACUGUGAGUGGAGGCUGCCAAGCUAUCAGGUGGCUCUCAUAACAUCGGUGGUGUUUGUAGGAAUGGCAAUCGGUUCAACAGUACUCGGCAAUGUAUCUGACAUCUACGGCAGAAAAGCAGGUCUGAAGAUUAGUAUGUUCUGGGUUCUGUUCUAUGGCCUGCUGAGUGCCUUUGCUCCGGUGUACGGCUGGCUCUUGAUCCUGCGGGGCCUCGUAGGCUUCGGUCUCGGAGGAGCUCCUCAGUCGGUGACGCUGUACUCGGAAUUCCUCCCAGUGAAGUCAAGAGGCUUCUCUGUCAUACUGCUUGCGGUAUUCUGGGCGCUUGGCUCUGUGUUUACGGUCCUUCUGGCAUUGGUGACCAUGCCCACUCUCGGCUGGAGGUGGCUGCUCGGCUUGUCUACCAUACCUAUGGCAAUCACUAUUUGCUUAUUCUCUUGGCUACCUGAAAGUCCCCGUUUUCAUGUGCUGACCGGAAAAACGGACAAGGCCAUGGCAACCUUUGCACGCAUCGCCAAAGAGAAUGGCAAGGCCAUGCCUCAAGGGAAGCUUGUCAUCUAUAAACAGGCUGGCCAUAGACCAAUCAAAACUCUUUUCACUUCCCGGUAUUGGAGGACUACUCUUCUUCUGUGGUGUAUAUGGUUUGCUUACGCCUUCACCUACUACGGGAUAGUCCUGUUGACGACUGAGCUGUACCAAGCUGGACAUUCAUGUGAGGGAACGCAAGGGGGCAAGAUUGAACCAAGCUGUAGACUGGAAUGCAAAUAUUUGACAAUAGCUGACUACAAAGACCUGUUAUGGACCACCACAGCUGAAUUCCCAGGUAUUUUAGUCAUCCUUCUGGUAAUUGACCGUAUUGGCAGGAAGAAGAGCCUGGCUCUGUGUUUCUUCAUGUUUUCUUUGAGCAUGCUGCCCAUAUACGCUUGUAUUGGGAGGACAGCUGUUACAAUCUGCAUCUUUAUAGCCAGAGCCUUCAUCUCUGGAGGAUACCAAGUUGCUUAUGUUUACACAUCAGAGGUGUUCCCUACAGAAAUCAGAGCCUUAGCAAUAGGAACUUCAGGUACGAUGAGCAAGGUGGGGGCCCUGGUUACCCCCUUUGUGGCGCAGGUGCUGCUCAGGACAUCGGUGUAUGGGACCCUCUCGUUGUACUGUGCCUUUAGUCUGCUGGGUGGCAUUGCAUCCUUGAUCCUGCCCAUUGAGACAGUGGGCAAGGGUCUGCAGGAGUCCAGUCUUGAUAAGGAUUCCGGAGACGAGACGACCACCAGAACCAGCAAGUCAAAUGAUACAGCGGAGGAGUGUGAACCAGGGGUAUCCAGUUCAGGAUGAGUGAACACAUUUAAAAGAAAGGAUACUUUGUCAACUUCAAGGCUGCUGCAGAUGCCACAGUUGCCCGUUCAACUUCAUCCCGUUGUUCUUCACCCAUCGUCGCUCACAGGAUUGAAACUAAUCUCAUUACAGGCAGGGAGUGAUAAUUGAGGGCAGGCCUACUUCCCAUGUCUAAUGACUUGGACCGGUUUGUUUACCCUCUACAUUUAGGCCAAGAGAAGCAACAGAGGGGACAUUAUGGACAAUGA